AUGUUUUGUUUAUAUAGCAAGACUUUCGAUAGGAAACCUUAUCCAUUAGUACUUUUCUUCGACACAGAUAGCAGAAGCAUUCAUUUUUACAUGGAAAAGAGGAAGCAUUAUACUUUUGGAAAAGAUAUUAUAGAUUAGGCAAUAGAUUGCAUUCGAAAAUAAAUAGAAACGAUGAGUCGAUUAGAUGAAUUUGUGAUUAUAAGUACAAUAAGUGGAGGUACUGGUUCUGUAUGCCUUUGUUGGUUUUCUAGAUAAAGCAAUAUAUAUUGGAUUUAUAAUUUUCCCAUUUUCUGA